AUGAGACCACCUAACAUUCCUUUGAUCACCGUCCUAUCGGUUUUUCUACUGCUCUCUUGUCUUCUGAGCAGUGCAACUGGGCUUGGUCCCCAGCAGCAUCGGGGUGCUCGCAAAGAUGUGCGCGGCAAUAAUCUCAUCGAAGCUCGCAAUCCCUUGGGUAAAGCUCUCGCUGAUGGCUAUGGUCCACCUCCUCCCUAUUAUACUGGGGAGCCAGUUGCUCAAACUGAUUUGACUUCUCAUCAUUCUCUCGAGGAGUCCACUGCAACCGAAACUCAGACUGGAGCUUCCCAAGCCGGUGUGCCAUCUAAGUCAAAUGUUUCUUCUCACCAUGAAACUGUCUCUUAUGGCAGCUCCUCUCUCUCUGUAUCCUCAACCCUGGAGACCGACACUGCCAUGAUAACUGUUGGCUCAAGCGCAAAGGCUGGUAGUACAUCCGGCUCCGAGGCAUUGUCGAGUGUUCACCUGACAGCUUCGGGCUCUUUCCUUGGGACUGAGACUUCUGGUGCUAAAGCUUCCUCAAUUUCACUUGGUCAAGUUUCUUCUAUUUCUAACUCUUCGUUGACUGGCACUUAUCCCUCCGCGGGUACCUCAUCACCCGGGACGGAAACUGAAUUUCCUUCAGGUUCUGCCUCAUCUGCCACAGUCUCUGUUUUCUUUAACGAAACAAAGACGAUCACUGAGAGCGUCUCACACACACAAGCAGUGUCAAGCGCUGAAGUUUCAGGUGACUUCACUACACCGGAGCUUGCUUCUCGCCUCGAGAGUAGCGUAACGAAGGCUAGGUCGACAACAACGACAACAACAAGGAUGCUUAAUGUUACAGUGACAGUCGCCCCCGGUUCUUCAAGUGGUAAUGCAUCAAGCCUUUCAUCUUUAACUGUUCCCAUGACUGCAGACGAAACCACGACAAUCACAGUCAUCCCACAACAGAACUCAUCUGAACUUUCUACUGAGGGUCUUGCUACUGAUACUGAUUCGGCGGGGGACCCAACAUUGGGCAGUCUGGCCACUGAAUCGACCAAAUCUGUCACAAUCCAAAGCACUCUGACCAAGGUUGCUAUCUCGGAAUCGACUCAAAAGUCUACCCGUGCUUCGAGCAUUCCUGUCAAUGGAACAGUGAGCUUCACUACUACUACUACUACUACUGCCUAUUUCACUACAACAAUUGGAGUUCCUGCCUCAUCUUCUGUUCUGUCAAAUUCAUCUGGCAUUUCAAGACCUACUAUUGUUGCUUCUGAUGACUCGUCGGGGGCUGGAACAGGAGACUCGUCGGCGAUCAUGGCAUCUAUUACUGUUGCCUUUUCCACCACAGUUACCACGAGCAAGACGUACACUGCGCUCAACGUCACCUCGCCAGCAACAAGCUCUCCUUUCUCUUCAGUUCCGACCUCCGUGGCUAGCGCGAGCGUUGACGUUUCCAAGUCGAAUAUUGCUACAACAUCUAACCAAACAUCUUCAGAGACUCUCUUUGCAUCAACAGCCCUGCCUACAAAUGCGACCUCUCACUCAGUCACCGAGCCCUUCGUUGUGACUACUGUGUCAGACGGCUCGGUUAUUACAAUCUUCCCCGGCGGUAUCAUUCCAACUGGGAGCGCUACAAGUUUGAUGAACAACUCCGUUUCUACACAGUAUUCCACCUCUGGCCCUUCGCGCUUCAAUUCGUCAAUGUCCAUCAGACGGACUUCAUUGUCUUCUCAUACAGACUCCUGGCUUGACUGGCCGACUUCGACGCUGGCGAUUUCCCAUACUUCGGAAGCAACUUUGGAGGUCCCAUCACUUUCUUUCCCAACCUCUUGGCUUUCGAUCAUUACCACGCCAAUGACGCCUCCUAGUGUGUCUACCAUGUCAACUCAAGGCCAAUCUGAUGGCUCAACACUUGGUAAUGUAACGGUGAUCAAGACAACAAUGACUUCUACCAUCACUAGCAGUCUCACACCGACAAGCCUAUCCUCGUCUGGCAAUGUCACGGUAGCCCAUACCACUAGUGGGUACAACUUUUCUAAAAGUGUGGGAUCCAUCAAGAGCACAUUCAGUUCUCGGUCGACCUCUCUCGGUAUUAGUACCGUCAUCAUAUCCAAGCAGCCUACCAACUUCCCCUUUCCCACCAACACAAGCCUAGUUUGGCAGUCAGAAACAUCUUCAGCGUCACUCUCUGAAUCUGACAAAACCAUCGGCCCCAAAGCCAGUGAUGUUACAUUCUCUUUGACCACAGCUGGAUUCAAUAGCACUACUCCUCAUACCAACUCCACUACCGUUACGGCCAGUGAAACAUAUCCUUCAAGCAAUACGGAUCAGACGCAGUCCAUCAUUACUGCAGGGACCUCUGGGUCGUGGAACAUGACUCGCAGCGCUCAGUGGUCCACAAACUCAACUGUCCAAACAACUACCCGUACUGGCUCUGAUUUGGUUUCUGGAACUCAAACUUUGAGUGACACAGCUGCCGCCACUCCUCAGCCGCCCGCUUCGCUGAACGUUACGCUCACCACUAUAUCAGACAGUACCUAUAGUAAAACGUUCACCGAUGUGAAAGUCACUAUCAUUAUGCCGACUUUCUUGACGACAUCUGAGAGUGUUUCACUCACAACGGUAUCGAUCAGCACGGCCCCCUUCCCUCUUCCAUCAAACACCACAUUGACGGGAACUGGCACUUCUUUUCCACCAAGUGGUACAGGACCUCGCUUCACCAUUACCGGAACCUUGGGAGACUUUUCAACGUCCAGUAUGACCAUUUCACCAUCGAUCAGCACAACAUAUCUCACUAUAAACACCACAGUGGCUGGCAUCACGGCUGAUACUUCGGCCUCUGCUUCGGGCACAAACGAGCCAUUCUUCCCGGUCUCCAACUCAACUAGUCUGGGCACCACCAGUCUCUCGACAAUCGCUUCAUGGAGGCCAGAUCCUGAGCCGUGGACGAGCUGGCCAACUUUGAGCCUCACGAAUGAGCCAGGUGUCUCGACGUGGACUGUAAAUAGCGAGAUUUCACAGUGGACUUCAUACACUCGAACUACCACCAAGUCUUUGACUUCUACUUUAGGAGAGCCAAGUAUGUCUCACUCUUCUGUUCACAACCUUAGCAGUGCAACCUCGGGGUCAACCUUUUAUACUCGUACCACGACUUUGACCCUCGCAACCACUUUGGAAGAGCCCAGCACUUCCCCGUCCACCAAUGGCAACAGGAGUAUUGCAACCUCACAGUCCAUUUCAAAUACUCGCACGACAACCAUAUUCCGCACUACGACUAUGGGGGGGCCAGGAGUGUCCUCGCCUGCCCUCAACAGCUCAAGCGGUGGUGCUUCGUUGUCAACCUCAUACACUCGUACUACGACAUUGACGCUUACAACUACUUUGGCAGAACCCCCAACAUCUCAAGUAUCUAGGGCUACAGUCACAAAUUCAUAUGUUUCCACAUGGGCUAACGUAACCUCCGGGGUCGCUGGCUUCACGAGCACAGAGACUAUCUCAUUGGCCACCGUUACAUCGUCGCUCUCGGGAACACAGACAACUUUCUUGACAACUGGUAGCGCAAAGGGGGUAUCGACCAGCCUCGAGAGUUCCGCCUUGGCACCAAUCCCGGUAGGUAACUCAACUCUAUCACAGGCUUCUGGGAGAACAUCUUCAGGGAUUGACACUUUGACGGGCACACACUUGUUGACUGGCUCGGCGGGAGCAGCUACUCCAUGUAAAUCUACAUCUACUAGCUCAUCGACCUGCACGGAAUCAGUGUACGACACCCCGACCCAUACAGCGAUUCCAGCUAGCACCGAUUGCUUGACUGAAACGAAUGGACCAGACUUAUCGUUAUCCCACGUGUCGGCAGUAACAGCCACUGAAAACGUCUCAUCGACCUGCAACACAACAAGCAGCACGGUGCAUUGGUCGAACAUGACUCACACAUUUGGUGUAAAAGAUACAGAAACAAGCACCUACCAGCCGCUUACAACAUUGCAGACAAUCACAAAAGCGCAGACUGACGGGGAAUUGGGCUCGACUGGGGAUGACUAUCCCACGCCCACAGACAGGGUGCCUGAGGAUCCCAACUUUCCAUGGGGCAAUGACUCCCCAAUCCAUCGUCACCAGAACUCGUCUAAGCUUGGCCCUGGUGAAAAUGAUGGCGACGACGAUGGAGGUCUGAGCAAGAGAAUCAGCUGGCGCCCGCGGUGGGAGAAUGUCAGAGACAAGCUGGAAGGUCUCUGGCGUGGGAAGUCAGAGGACUAA